AACAAAAGCUCAACAAGUUUUGCAUUAAUUCUUUAUUUUCUUUUGCCCAAAAUAUUCGUGCUGUAGAUACAUUGGCUAUAUAUCCAAAGAGGACGACAAGUUGCAGGGGAGCUAUCGGCUGUUCUCGAUGGCUUUGGUAGCUCGCUCGGAGUGCUCAAAAUUGCUGGUGAUGAUUUCUGCGGCCGCCGCACUUGUUACUGUUGUCUGCGGUGUCGCCGGAACUUUCCCGAGCAGUGUGAUGACUUUGCAAAGGGCAUUCCCGGCGAACCAGAAGGUUGAAUUUGAGGUGCUUAGGGAUCGGGACCGGUUGAGGCACGCCCGGCUCUUGCAGGAUAUGGCGGGUGGCGUCGUUAAUUUUCCGGUCAUAGGUUCGCCCGACCCGAAUUCAGUAGGCCUCUACUUCACAAGGAUAAAACUGGGAUCUCCACCAAGAGAAUUCAAUGUGCAGAUUGACACUGGAAGUGACAUCCUAUGGGUUACUUGUAGUUCCUGCAACAAUUGUCCUAGGAUUAGUGGUCUCGGGGUUGAUCUCAGCUUCUAUGAUGCUUUGAGCUCAUCAACUGCUUCGCCUAUUUCUUGUUCAGAUCAAUUAUGUGCUUCUGCCGAAUGUACCACUGAAGGCAACCAAUGUAGUUAUUCAUUCCAGUAUGGAGAUUCAAGUGGUACAUCUGGUCAAUACCUAUCAGAUUUGCUCUACUUUGACACGGUCGUGGGGACCACCUCAUUGAUUGCUAGCUCUUCAGCACCAAUUAUGUUUGGGUGCAGCACCAUUCAGUCGGGGAGUCUGACUUCACCAGACAGAGCAAUUGAUGGAAUUUUUGGAUUUGGUCAACAUGACCUAUCUGUUAUAUCCCAAUUGUCGUCGCGUGGGAUUACUCCAAAAGUAUUUUCACAUUGUUUAAAAGGAGAUGGGAGUGGUGGAGGGAUACUAGUUCUUGGUGAGAUUAUGGACCCGAGAAUAGUUUAUACCCCCCUUGUACCAUCACAGCCUCAUUAUAAUGUAUAUUUGCAGAGUAUUGCUGUGAAUGGGCAAUUGUUGCCUAUUGACCCAGCUGCGUUUGCAACAUCUGGAAAUUGUGGUACCAUUGUAGAUUCCGGGACAACUUUGGCUUAUCUUGUACCUGAAGCGUAUGAACCCUUUGUUAGUGCUAUAACUGCUUUUGUCUCACAGUUCUCCAAUCUCGUCAUAUCUAGUGGGAAACAGUGCUAUGAAGUUUCUACCAGCAUAUUUGAAAUAUUUCCUUCAGUUGCUUUUAACUUUGCUGGUGGUGCAUCGAUGGUUCUAAGACCCUCGGAGUAUCUUGUUCGUAUGGGAUUUAAUGAGGAUUCCUCUUUGUGGUGCCUUGGUUUCGAAAAAAUGAACUGUGUUACAAUAUUAGGAGAUAUUGUUCUCAAGGAUAAGAUAUUUGUUUAUGAUUUAGCUCAUCAGAGAAUUGGUUGGGCUGAUUAUGAUUGUUCUAUGUCAGUUAAUGUGUCCAUAACUUCUCGCAAGGAUGAGUUUAUAAACUCCGGACAAUUACGCGUGAACGGUGGUCCAUCCAUCUGUCUAUACCCCAAAACCAUCACUCUUACCAAAACUGUUUAUACCCAUUUUAUGCGAGCGUUGAUUCUACUAUCAAUGGGGUUUGGCUUCUCAUUUUUGUAGCUCAGCGAACUACGUACAAUUUAGGGUUCGUUUUUUUUCCCUCGGCUUUUUUUUUUGCCAAUUUAUGUUUAUAAGCGGGUUGACCAGCCAUUGUAGCAGAGUGUAAUUCCUUUGGUGGGUGGGUUCUUGCUUGAACUCUCUUUCUUGUUUCUUAGCUGACUGAUGUUAUGAGGUGUAUCAAUAUAGUAUCUUUUCUCUCUUAUGUCUUUGUUUUUCGAUCGUGACAGCGAAACAUGGGGGAUCGAGGGUUGACGACGGUUAGCGCGCCCAUGCCUAGUCUCCGAUGAUGCAAAGCAAGGGCGAGCAGGCGAUUACCGAAUGGUGGCGGCUGGCUCUGGUUUCAAGCAGCGGCGGAUGCAGCGAGCAUAGGCGACGGAGAAGUGCGGAGAACGAUGACUUCUUGCACUGAUCGAACAAAAAAUUCUGCACCAAAUCACACAAAGUCCGAUGUCCAAUACUUAUUUAUCGGUAUAAACUUGGAAUCCUAGUUGUUCUUCAAUUCCUUUCAAGUUUAUGUUCGAUUUCAUGUAUGCCUUCUAUUUUAGUUUGUUGUGUCUAUGUGUUAAAGUUUAGACUGAUCUGGAUUAAGCUUUGAUUGUGUUAAAUAUUAGAUUGAGUAUCUAAUUUCCUCAAAAAAUAUAUGAAUUUGGCUUUUAAUUAUGAAUAAAAGUUGGUUUGAUUCUGUUUUCAACCCAUAUGUGGCGUGUUUGUUUGUUAUGUUGUUAUGUUGAAUCCAAGUAUUAUUUACAUCUCUAUUUGAGGUUAAACAGGGUAGCGAAUUGAAUUACCUCAAGUGAGGCUCAAGGAAAUAGAUUUUCUAGAUUCAAUUUUUGCAUUAGAGGGAUAUAUCUCUCUGUCUAUAGCUGUGAAAAAAGAAAUAGAGGCUGUCUUCUUGAACCCCAAAAAUCUAAGUAGUGUGAACAAUGAGCUCUUGGUGCAAACUCAGGAGAACAACCAGUCCCGCCUUGAUCUAUCAGGCUUUCCAUCGUCACGGACUCGGGAACUGAAGCAGCGAGGCAAGGGCUCUGGUUCAAAUGACCAAUGACGACGUGGAGCUGAAAGCGAGAAUUAACAAAGAUGACUCCAGGGUUAGCAGCUUCGGCCUACCUUGUAUUUUGUGGCAAAGUUGCCACAAAUACCUUUUGUAACGGGGUAUCUGUGGCAAUCUUGUGGCAAAUUCCUAAAUUGCUACAAAUUGUUAUUGUGGCUAAUUUUUUAUGUUUUGUGGCAAAAUUUGGUGCCACAAAAAGUCAAUUUUUUUGUAGUGACUAUAAGCAAUGUAAUAAUAAUAUUAAAAGGGUAUGUUCCUU